CAUUUCUUCUUUCUCUUUCUCCUUUGUGUUUUUUUUUUUUCUCCGGGAUUUCAGUUCGCUGGCCUGAGAGAAGCACAGGCGACAGCGCAGCAGUUUCAAUCCUCUCAUUCUCUCUCAACUCUGUUUCUCUCUCUACUUUCUCGCGAUGCAACUGCUACCCAGAUCACUCUCUCCUAGAUUUUCUCCCUUACACUUUCCAAUGAUCUUCACUUCCGAUUCUAUCUCUCUCUCAUGCAGACAGACAGAGCCCGCAAUCUUCGGUUUCACUGCGCUUCUGACACGCUGAAUGGGUUCUGUGCCACAGCCUCGAAGGUUCCAUCCUCGGUGUACACUUCAACUUCGACCGCGUGCAUUAAAGGCAAAUGGAGAUUUGUGUUCGGGUACAGAUAAUUUGAUGUAGUUGAAGGAUUGUACUCAUUACAAUUGCUGAAAUUGUAAGAAUUUUAGCUGAGCUGAUUGUGCUAGAACAGAGCGAUCACUAUGGUCAGUUCGAGUUUAGAGGAAAAUUUUGCACUUGGCUGUGUGAAUUUUGGGCAUUUGUGGUGGGGUUGCGAUGGGGUGCGAGGCUCUUAAAUGAGUUGGCAACUAGAUGGGUGUGAUUACGAGAAUGGGUGGGUUAAAUAUUGGUUCUUAGUCUGGCUUUUGUUGGGAAUUUAGCUUUUUUUUUUUUUUUUUUGUCGCGGAUGGAUAGGAUGACUUCAGAUCUUGCGAGGGCGGGGCCAGUCGAAAGAGACAUCGAGCAGGCCAUAACUGCUCUUAAGAAAGGGGCGUAUUUGCUCAAAUAUGGAAGACGUGGGAAGCCCAAGUUUUGUCCUUUCCGGCUGGCUAAUGAUGAAUCUGUGUUGAUAUGGUUCUCAGGUAAAGAGGAGAAACACCUUAAACUAAGUCAUAUAUCCAGAAUUAUAUCUGGGCAGCGCACUCCUAUCUUUCAAAGGUAUCCGCGGCCUGAGAAGGAGUACCAGUCAUUUUCCCUCAUAUAUAAUGAAAGGUCACUAGAUUUGAUAUGCAAGGAUAAAGAUGAAGCUGACGUCUGGUUUAGUGGUCUAAAAGCAUUGAUUUCACGUGCCCAUCACCGAAAAUGGAGAACAGAAUCAAGGAGUGAUGGAAUUUCAUCUGAAGCAAACAGUCCUAGAACAUACACACGAAGAAGUUCUCCCUUGAGUUCUCCAUUUGGUAGCAAUGAUAGCAUGCAAAGGGAUGGUGUAGAUCACUUUCGCAUUCAUAGUCCUUAUGAAAGCCCCCCUAGGAAUGGUUUGGAUAAGCAACUUUCAGAUGUGAUAUUAUAUGCUGUGCCACCCAAGGGUUUCUUUCCUGCGGAUUCUGCUAGUGCUUCUGUUAAUUCUUUGUCAUCAGGUGGUUCAGAUGGGGUACAUGGUCCUAUGAGGAUGACAGGGGUCGAUGCAUUUAGAGUAAGUUUAUCAAGUGCUGUCAGCUCAUCAAGCCAAGGUUCUGGUGAUGCUGAUGCAUUGGGGGAUGUUUUUAUAUGGGGGGAGGGUGCUGGGGACGGUGUUUUGGGUGGUGGAUCUCAUAGAGUUGGCAAUUGUUUUGGUGUCAAAAUGGAUUCUUUGUUGCCAAAAGCCUUGGAAUCUGCUGUAGUACUUGAUGUUCAGAACAUAGCUUGUGGUGGACAACACGCUGCUUUAGUUACUAAGCAAGGAGAGGUUUUCUCCUGGGGCGAGGAAUCUGGAGGCAGGCUUGGCCAUGGUGUAGAUUCUGAUGUUUUGCACCCAAAGCUUAUUGAAGCCCUCAGCAGUACAAACAUUGAGCUUGUGGCAUGUGGUGAGUACCACACCUGUGCUGUAACACUUUCAGGUGAUCUGUACACAUGGGGUGAUGGCACUUACAAUUUUGGUCUUCUUGGACAUGGGAAUGAAGUGAGUCACUGGGUCCCAAAAAGGGUAAAUGGACCAUUGGAGGGUAUAAACGUGUCAUCAAUCUCUUGUGGACCCUGGCAUACAGCUGUUGUAACCUCUGCUGGACAAUUGUUUACUUUUGGCGAUGGAACAUUUGGUGUUCUGGGCCAUGGAGAUCGAAACAGUCUUUCCAAACCCAGAGAAGUGGAAUCCCUUAAGGGGCUCCGCACUGUGCAAGCGGCUUGUGGUGUUUGGCAUACUGCUGCUGUUGUAGAAGUCAUGGUUGGCAACUCAAGUUCCAGCAAUUGCUCAUCAGGGAAGCUGUUUACAUGGGGAGAUGGAGAUAAAGGUCGACUGGGGCAUGGUAACAAGGAAUCGAAACUUGUGCCUACCUGUGUUGCUGCUCUUGUUGACCCCAACUUUUGCCGUGUUGCCUGUGGACAUAGCCUGACUAUUGCUCUUGCAACUUCAGGCCAUGUCUAUACGAUGGGCAGUCCUGUUUAUGGCCAGCUAGGUAAUCCUUAUGCUGAUGGGAAGCUUCCUUCCCGUGUUGAAGGAAAGCUCUCAAAGAAUAUUGUGGAGGAGAUAGCUUGUGGUGCUUAUCAUGUUACAGUUUUAACUUCAAGAACUGAAGUUUACACUUGGGGCAAGGGAGCAAAUGGCCGAUUAGGUCAUGGGGAUACAGAGGAUAGAAAUUCCCCCUCGUUAGUUGAGGCUUUGAAGGACAAGCAAGUCAAAAGUAUUGCGUGUGGUACCAACUUCACUGCAGCUAUAUGCCUUCAUAAGUGGGCCUCAGGUAUUGAUCAGUCGAUGUGUUCUGGCUGUCGCCUGCCUUUCAAUUUCAAGAGAAAACGCCACAAUUGUUAUAAUUGUGGGCUUGUGUUUUGCCAUUCAUGUAGCAGUAAGAAGUCUUUGAAGGCUUCUAUGGCACCAAAUCCCAACAAACCUUAUCGUGUAUGUGAUAAUUGUUCUAAUAAACUAAGGAAGACCAUUGAAACUGAUGCUUCAUCUCACUCAUCUGUGAGUAGAAGAGGAAGCAUGAAUCAUGGGAUGAAUGAGCUAAUUGAAAAAGAUGAGAAGCUGGAUUCUAGAUCUCGUGUACAACUUGCUAGAUUUUCUUCAAUGGAAUCUUUGAAGCAAGGGGAUAACAGGUUUUCUAAGAGGAAUAAGAAACUAGAGUUUAAUAGCAGUCGUGUAUCACCUGUUCCAAAUGGUGGUUCCCAAUGGGGGGCUCUUAACUUCUCCAAAUCUUUUAAUCCUGUGUUUGGUUCAUCCAAGAAGUUUUUCUCAGCUUCUGUACCUGGAUCAAGAAUUGUCUCUCGAGCAACAUCACCGAUAUCAAGACGACCCAGUCCACCUCGUUCAACUACUCCAACACCGACUCUGGGGGGCCUUACUUCACCAAAAAUAGUUGUGGAUGAUGCAAAAAUGACAAAUGAUAACCUUAGUCAAGAGGUUAUCAAAUUAAAAACACAGGUGGAAAAUCUUACUCGUAAAGCCCAACUUCAAGAAAUUGAGCUGGAAAGAACAACUAAGCAACUGAAGGAGGCAAUCACUAUUGCAGAGGAAGAAAGUGCAAAAUGCAACGCAGCAAAGGAAGUGAUAAAAUCUCUUACUUCCCAGUUGAAGGACAUGGCUGAAAGGCUGCCUGUGGGAGCAGCUCGGAACAUCAAAACACCUUCACUCACUUCCUUUGGCUCCAAUCCUGCCUCCAGUGAUAUUUCCAACACUGUUAUUGACCAAUUGAAUGAUCAAUUAACAUGCCAAGAUUUGGACUCAAAUGGGUUAAGCAGCCAGUUGCUUUCUAAUGGCUCUAGCACCAGCAGUAACCGCAAUUCAGGUCAGAACAAACUAGGCCAACCUGAAGCAAUGACAAGAAAUGGUGCUAAAACAAAAGAAGGUGAACCCCGGCAUGAUAAUGAAUGGGUUGAGCAAGACGAGCCUGGUGUGUAUAUUACAUUCACCUCCUUGCCUGGAGGGAAUAAAGAUCUUAAGCGUGUUCGCUUCAGCCGGAAGAGAUUUAGUGAGAAACAAGCAGAGCAGUGGUGGGCAGAGAACAGGGCCAGGGUAUAUGAACAGUAUAAUGUCCGAAUGGUUGAGAAGUCGAGUUUUGGUCUUGGGAGUGAUGACUUAGCUCGUUGACAUGUGGGAGCAAUCAAAUGUAAAUGAAAAGUUCUUUUCAAGAUUUCAGUUUCAAUCACAGGGAAGGUCAUAUUAGAUUUGGCUUUUUAUCUUAUUGGGGGUUUUGUUGAAGAUGAGAGAACUACAGGGGUUUGAUUGUGGGCUUCCUUUUCUUUUCUUUUCUUUUUUUUUUAUUAUUAUUUUUUACUUGAUUUUACAUUUAUUUUUUUUCCCUAACUUUGCCUUGUGUGGGGGUUGAGAAAGAAAGUGUAUAUUCUUAGUAGGUUGCUUGCUCUUGAUGAAAGCAGCUGCCUUGUAAAUCCAUAAAUGGGAAAAAAAAAUUUCACCAGAAA